UAUAAAUAUAAAUUUUUUCUCAAAUACACCUGCAUAAUAAUUAGUAAAGGUGUAUCUAGGAAUUUUUUUUAUUUGGAAUUUGGGGGUCUUGGUCAUGAUUCUGGAAUCCAAACAUACCAUACAAUAAUAACAAUAACUGCAACGCUUAUUUCUGAUCAAAACCCCCCCGUUUUUCUUUUAAUUAAAUUGUCUGUUGACUCACACCUACCAAACAUAAAAUAUUCCGCACACUGCCUUAGCUCACAAUCACAACCUAUUCAUCCAACCUACCCCCUGAAAUGCCUUCCGCAGCUCUUCCGACCGCCGGCGAUCAAUCCCCGACCGGAUCGGAUUCCGAUGAAUACGAAUACGAAGAAAUUGAAGUCGAGGAAGAAAUCGAAGUUGAAGAAGAGGUUUCCGAUGACGGUGAAGAUGAAAAUGGAGAAGCUUCCGAUGACGAAGAAGAAAUCCAACAACAAAAACUAAAAAGGGAAGAAGCGAUCAUGACCGAUGAUGAAAAACCUUCUCAACGUGAUGGUGGAAUGAUGAGUACUGACACCCGUAACCCAUUCGAUGAUACUGGUAAAGGGACUGAUGAUGAAAAGGCGUCUCAGUGUGAUGGUGUAAUAGUGAGUGCUAACACAUGUAAUCCACUCAAUGAAAUCAAGGAAGAAGUGUCUGGUGGAGAUUCAGUUACCAAUCUCAAUGCCCCCAAAGAAAUUCCACAUCCUGCAGGACAAACUACACAAAUGAGUGCUAAGGAUGUCAAUGAUGCACUUAUUAAGGAAUCCAGGUCAGAGGUUGCCCUGAUAAGAACUAGAAGCGUGUCACCUGCACUGGAAACUAAUGAAGGAAACAAACGACCCACUCUGAUAUGCGAUUUCUUUGUGAAGGGUUGGUGCAUCAAGGGGAACUCUUGUAGGUUUCGUCACAUGAAAGACCCUAUGGAUGGUGAACAACAAAUGGAGAGUUAUAUACCUGCAUAUCAGAAAGGUGAACCUCAGGAUGAUAAAGGUCUGGCCACUUCUGCAGCUGCACCAACUAUCGAUGGUUCUGCUGAAACAAUCGAGCUACAGAAGUCCAAUGAGAGUCCAAGGACAAAGGUGAAUCCUGAGUCACAAAAAGAUAAUCUUGCAACGAUUUCAUCAUUUGGUGACAAGGGGAAGGAGGGUUUGCAAGAGAAUCAGCACUUGGACAAAGAUAAACCUACUGUGGGUGCAGAUAGUUCACUGCAUGAAACUUUGAGUAACCCAUUCAUAGGUUCUGACAUUCAUAGAAACAGUUGGGUUUCUUCUUAUGCAACAUCUAUCGAAGAAUGUGGUGGUAGAGGAUAUCAAUAUGAAUUUCACAAUCACAAGAUGCCCACUUCUAAUUUUUACCUAAGUUAUAGCUCAAGUUCUUUUCAGCCAACUACUCGAAUGUCACCAUCCAAUCAUAGUUCAGUCAGGCCAUCGACAUUGUUAACUUCCUCAUUUCCCGGUUCUGAAUCAGAAGUAUAUCGCAGCAAUGGGGUUCCUCUUCAUUUGGCUGGAUAUGCAUCUAAAUUUUCAACUUACAAUUGGGAGCCAUCAAAGCCUUUCCGGUCAGCAUUUCUUAUCUCACAAGGAAUAUCUACUCCAGAUAUCCAGUAUGAUCCACUUCGUGAUAGUAUUGAGCCAGUAAAGAUUGGAGAUAAGGUCUCCAAGUGUUCUUCUUCUAGUCCACUAAAGAUUGGAGAUAAGGUCACCAAAUUUUCUUCUACUCGAGCACCAUCCAUCUCUAGCACACAUUCACCAAAGAACAUCAAUCCACCUCAAAAGGAGACAUUUGGUACGGACUAUGGAUCUAGUCAUGUAAAUGGAGAUGAUAAUGAUUAUGAUAUGGACGUGGAUAGUAAUGAUUGUGAGUUGUUCACCUCUCAAAAGGGUGAAAGUACAAAAAGUGAUGGUAAAGGGAAAAGGCAUAUGACUUCUGCUCAUGUUGGGAAUGUCAUACAAGCAAGUGAAAUAGGUGCUAAUAACCACACUCUGCGACAAAAUGAUGUGCCAAUUACGGAAGUUAAAGUAGGAGAUGAGAGUAGCCAUUAUCAUAAGCAACUAGAUUUUGAUCCAGAAGGGGAUAUGCACAGAGAAUCUAAAGCUCUUAGACAUUUCCGUGCUGCUCUGAUAGAAUAUGUGAAAGAAUUAGUCAAGCCCACAUGGCGUGUUGGUAAACUGAGCAAGGAUGCUCACAAACUGAUUGUUAAAAAGGCUGUUGAUAAAGUCCUCAGCACUCUACCUCCAGAGCAUAUUCCGAGUAUUCAGGAAUCUGUAGACAUGUAUCUUUCCUCAUCCAAGCCAAAACUUGUGAAACUUGUUGAGGGAUAUAUCGAAAAGUAUGGAAAGUUGUGAUGUGCUAAUACACAUUAUGGUGGAAUUUUCCUUAUGGAGUAGAAAUCCUUAUCAGAUGGUGUGACUUUCUACAAUGAUCUCCCUAUUUUCUGUCUUGGUGAAAAAAUGGUGGUUUCAAAAUUUCAAAUGGCUUAAGCAGUUCUUUCUACAUGGUACUUAAACAAUUCACAUCCAAUGGGGCUUCUGCGGCGUAAUUGAAUACAAAACUGACUUCCAAAGCAUUAUCAGUCCAUAUUAUGGUUGCUGACAUACUAGGCCAGAAUCAGAUGCACUAUUAUAUGCUGCAGUGUUUGAAGAAUUGUGUGUCCUUACUCCUUAGCCUUUGAUCACCAUUGAGGUAUAUGUAUGCUAAUAACUCUCGGACCUCAAAGCAAACUUCUCACUAGUUCACUGCCUGUUAAAUGGGAAGACAAUAGCUAACUUAUAGUGUUUGUGGUCGCUUUGUUAUGCCAUUAGCAGUAUUGUCAUUGUGCUCCAUUAAGCAACUCCAGAUGAUUCCGUUUUGGUAUUGGUAUCGUAUCAUGUUGAGCCAUAGCAAUGUCGCUUCGUUCCUUAUGACCGUGUGCUCUGGAUCUGUUAUUUAUUUGUUUCAGUUAGUUAUUUGUUUUCUGCAUUCUAUUGAGUAAUGAAAAUGUAGAUCUUGGCCUUUUAAUACUGCACUUUUUUAUAAGGGUUUGACAGCUGGCCUGAAAGAUGCUAUAAAAGGAAAGACCAUAGGAGACAGGGAUGUACAUGGAACGAAUAUAGAUCCAGUAUGAUGAAAUGCAAUGUAAUCAUGUAAAGGCAGGUUACAAGUAUUACUGUAUUAGACUUACUUUAAGACUUAAAGAGUAUGUUAAUACGUAGAACAACCGUGACCAAAACUGAAGUUCUAAACGCAUUAAAGUUGAGGUAUGUUUUUCUAUCUUACUUUAGUAAACAUAAGGAUAGGUUGAAAUUAAGGUGACUUGCAUUCUUAAAUCCUUUCAUUUCCCGAUUAAAGAACAGAUUAAAAAUUGUAACAAAUAACGUUUAUGUAAACGAACUUCUAGGAUAGUUUCCUUGGUUUUAUACUCCUUGCAUUUCCUUAAGCAAAAUAAGAUAUUUUUUGCGUUAUAAAAUUAUUGAACUUAUUUGGCAAUAAUAUAGUGAGACGGACCCACUCCUUGGUGAUAUUGAUGGCGUUUGGUAAGUGAGCCCAAAUAAU